GAUAUAUUGAUUUUUUUUUUCAUGUGAUAUAAAAUUAACCUAAAACAAUUUAAUUUUAAUCAAUAGAGAAAUUCUUUCUCGUAAAUUAAAGUUCAUAUAUUUUCAAUGUCACAUGUUUCUUUUUUCAUAUGGGUUAAAGAAAAAAAAAAGAAAGAAUAAAAAAAUAUGAUUAUUUCUUAUUUUUUGGAAUACAGGAAGAUUUUCUAUGGUGUAGACGUUUCAGUGACUAUUCUUAAACAGUAAAAAAACCUAUACAGAAUGCGGAUGAAUGCCAAAUACAGGUUUCUGAAGAAUGUUCUGUAGAUGAAAUCGGAAUUGGAAGAGAAACUACCAAUGUCAUAAGUAUAAUAUUGUAAAACGCUGUUAAAGGUUAUGGUUAUAGAUACUAUUUCAGUACUCGGGAUGUGCAACCUUUCUUACACAUGUCAAUUUAUCAACAAAGCAAAGGUAUAUAGGAAUUGUUGACAUUGUAUCUAAAGUUGACUUCGCCAAUUAUUAACUCCGACUUUGUGAAUAGAUGUUCUUCUGUACGUAAUAAAUCAUGAAGUGAGCAUAAUAGACCCGCAUGCUGUUGAAGAUAAUGCGGGUAUCUGAUUGCCUCAGCACUACUUGACUCAACGCGGUCCCUAAUGUCUUCAUUAAAUUUAUAAAGUGUGUAACCUUCAAGUACUGCGUCUUUUCAACAGAAUUUUUCGAUAUAAGAGAUAAUAUUACAUUUCAUCGGAACAUAUUGAAUUUCUUUUAUGAAAAAAUUGAAUUUGACUGGGAAAAAGUUGAAUAAGACCUGCUAUGCUAUAAUUUAUGAUUCAUGAAUUCAUGUAAAUAGGAAAGCAGCUAAAACAUAUCAAAACCAUAAUCUACUAAUUUGAAUAGAAGAAACGUCAAAUAGUAUUACUCAUUGCUUCAAAGAUUUAAUAAAAGGUAAACCAUGAUAUAUGAAAAAUAAAUCAUUAAAAUUUCCAUAUUAAUAUAAGUUAUUCAAGAUAUCGUUAAUUCAUAAACCCAAAUGUAUCAUUAAGUAUCGAUACGUGAAAAGAGAUAAUAAAUUCAUGGUCUGUAUUUAAUCACAUCAUAACCUUAUUAGUAAUUCCAUUAUUAUACAGGAAUUAUAAACUUAAUAAUGAUUAUCAUAAAUCAAUCAGAAAAAUAAUAAAAUUAAGAGAUGGUGAAGUAAUACGUAGUAUAAAAAUGACUAAGAAAGAGAUCGAAAAAAAAUACUGAAAAUAAAACUGUUAGAAAAAAAAUCCCGAUCAUAUGUUUUUUGUUUGUUGAAUGAGGUAGAAAGAGAUAAUUAAAAAAAACCUUCUACUAACUACCUCAAUUAACAAUGGCAACCUUACAUAGCGAAUUAUCGUAAGAAGAAAGGGCAUGUUUCCAGAUAUCACUUGCGAAGAGUGCGCUUGCAUCCGGUUGAAAAAAUGCCUUAUAUGCUGUGUAAAUCUCAAAUUGGGCUGCAUUAUAUCCGCUAUUAUAGAAGUUCUCGUAGGCGGCGGAUACUUGGCCUACGGUGUGUUGAAGACUUUGAACGCAGGUACCGGGGAUUGGGAAGCCGCCUUCAGGAGUCUUGUGGUGAUUGGUACCAUCCUCACCUUCUUGGGAAUCUUGGCCCUCUUCUGCACAUUCAAGUCGGAGAACCAGGAGAACUGGCUCUGCCUCGCCUACGUUCUUCAUAUACUCCUGGGCUGCGUCCUCGGCUGCAUCGGGAUGAUGGUGUACCCCUUCAAGAAGAUAUACUACGCCGUAGUGUUCAUAGCCGUUGAGAUAUUGCUUGCGGGAUGGACAGCCCUCGUUAUUAACAGUUACCGACUUAGUGUAAUGAACUGGGAACCGGUGAAACAAGAGGAGGUUGAGGGACAGAAAGGUAGUGAAAAGUAGACUUCCCUUUUCUUAAAAAAAUAAAAUAAUUUAAAAAUGCAUGACCUUAUCUCAGACU